AUGGCCUCAUACGGUUCGGUGCAAAACCAGCACCACGACGCAAGCUCUCCUUAUGGCUCCGGCGACCCCUACUACAACCAGUCGACCGGGUACAUCACCCCCGCCCCAGCAGGCAAGAAGGGCGUCAGCAACUGGAUCAAGUUCGGCAUCCCCGUCGCAGUCAUCGUCAUCGCCGGUGCUGUCGUCGGAGGCAUCCUUGGCUCUCGUGCGAGCAGCUCGUCCAGUGCAGAUGCUUCGACCAGUGCGGCUUCAGCCAGCGCGGCGAAAGCUGCUAUUGGCAUAUUCCCCACUUCUACCAAUAGCGAAUAUAUGAUUCCCGUUUACCCUGCGACGACCAACACCGCCGCUUUCACUUCCCCUACUUUUGCAUCCAGCAGCAGCAGUGCUACCUGGCCUGAAGACUCAUUCCAACCCGCCGAUCCUAGCCCUACCUCCGUUCGCACAGAUCGUCCCCGUCUCAUCGCCCCCGCCUAUAAAUGGGCUGCUCUUCCUGCCCUCAUCGCCAGUGACCCUUACAUGAAGAGCUGGAACGACACUAUUUUCGGCAAUGCUACGACGUGGUCUGCUAUGGAUCCCGUCGUGUACUACAUGGACGGAGACAGUGGUAUUCUGGACAAUGCUCGUGAGGUCAAAGAGAGGAUCAAGGCCUUCGCCUAUGCCUACCGUAUGACCAACAACUCAGCAUGGGUCGACAGAGCAUGGGAGGAACUUCAGAAUGCUGCUGGUAACGGCACCAACUCGUUCGGUCCAGACGACGACAAGUGGAAUUCUGCCCAUUUCCUCGACACCGGCGAAUUCUCCGCUGCAUUCGCCAUUGGCUAUGACUGGCUCUACGAUAUGUGGACGGAUGACCAGAAGGAGAUGAUCCGCUUCACCUUGAACAAGUAUGGUCUCGACUACGGCAUCAACGCCUACACGGUCAACACCAACUACAUCGGCUGGUGGAACACCAACACCACCGGUAACUGGAACUGCGUCUGCAACAACGGUCUGACCAUGGGUGCGCUCGCUAUCCUCGGGGACGACACCACCGGCAACGCCUUGUCCAUUCUCAACUACACCGUCCCCAACGCCAAGGAGAACUGCGCCAUGGCCGUCUCCGACGACGGUACCUGGGCCGAAACCGCCAACUACUGGUACUUCGGUACGACCGGACACUCCGAGAUGUCGUCGUCCCUCAUGACCGCCACCGGCUCGGACUACGACCUCCUCACCGUCAACCCUGACUUCUACAAGACCGGUCUCUUCCACAUGUACGCCUACGGUGCCACCUCGCUCUUCAACUACGGUGACCACGGCCCCAACAAGUACUCGACCACCGCCAACAGUCUGAUCUUCUACGCCUCGCAAUACAACCAGCCGAUGUACGCCCUGUUCCAGAGGGACAUGCCCGACGCUGCUGAUCCCUGGAACAUGUUCUGGUACGACCCCACCGUCUCCGGCGCGUUCUGGGACGGGCUCGCCCUCGACCACUUCUUCGACAAUGGGCUCGACCAGUGGGCGUCCAUGCGGAGCAGCUGGACGGAGGGCGACGCGCUCUUCGCUGCCAUCAAGGCCGGGAAGAACCAGGGCCACCAGACGCACAACGAUUUGGACUGCGGCGAUUUCGUGAUCGACGCGUUGGGCACGCGUUGGGCGGGCGAGCUCGGGUCGGGAGAUUACCUGUCGACGAACUAUUUCAGCAACGAUACGCAGGGGAGCGACCGGUGGACGUAUUAUCGCAAGCGCACGGAGGGACAGAACACGAUCCUUGUGAAUAAGGAUAAUCAGGAUGUGCUCGCUGCGCCGACGGUGACGCACGAUAGUACGGGCGAGACACAGGGUUCGAGUACGGUGAUGGAGGUCGAUUCGAGCUCUACGGCGUACUUCGUCGCCGAUUUGACCAGCGCGUACUUCAACGUAACGUCGUUCAAGCGCGGGAUGCGCCUGAUUAAUGGUCGCAAGCAGGUCCUCCUUCAAGACGAGAUCACGGCUUCGGCGUCCGUCAUGUGGCGCAUGCACACGAACGCGACGGUCACGGUCGAUUCGAGCGGGACGUCGGCGACUCUGGAGCUAGACGGCCAGACGAUGAUCGUGCAGAUUCUGAACGCACCCAGCGGCGCGGUGUUCACGACGGGCGAUGCGGUUCGUCUGUCGAGCGACCCGGCGAUGCCGGCGGGGAUGACGGACCAGGAGAACCCAGGGGUGACGGUCUUGAUGAUCGACUUGGAGGAUGCGGGGACGUACGAUAUCCAGGUGCUGUUCAACCCACAGUGGUCGGGGAUGUCGUCGAGCGACUUUGUGACGCCGUCAUCGGUGGCGUUGGAGAACUGGAGCUUGACGAGCCACUCAUAA